AUGAGUGCUGAACUCUUCUCGCUUACAUAUGGUGCACUAGUUACCGAAAUGCUUCAAGACUACGAAGAUCCGAAACUUGUGAACUUGAGAUUAGAUAAAAUUGGUUUCAACAUGGGAACAAGGUUAGCUGAUGAUUUUCUCGCUAAGAAUGCUCACGUUCCAAAAUGCACUGAUUGUCGGCAGAUUGCAGAGGUCUUAUCGAAGAACGCCAUACCCAUGUAUUUAGGUGUCCCAGCUACGGUAUCGAAUUGGACCGGUGGUGAUCGAGAAUUCUCGCUGAUAAUUGAAAAUAAUCCAUUGACGGAGCUAGUUGAAGUACCGGCAACCUUGUCCACUCUCAACUAUUCUCAGGUCAUAGCUGGAGCGAUUCGAGGUGGACUUGAGGCUUUACAUUUCAAGGUAAUCCAUUUGAACUUCUUCCAAAACCGGCUUAAAAGCUUUACGAUAACGAUCGUAUAG